AUGGGUUUGCUUUCCCUUGGAACACCGUUGGAAUGGCACGAAUCCAGCCAGUAUAGUGAGCACGUUAGGAAAAACGGAAUUGAGCAAUUGUUGUAUGUCUUCCGCGCAGCUAAUGCGAGAAAAGAAGAUCCCCUGCUUUGGGGGGAUGAGGUCGAAUACAUGAUUUGUGUCAUAGAUGACGCCAGACGCAACGCAGUCUUGGCUAUAGACGAUGACGAGGUGCUUUUGGAGCUGAAUACCGAGGAUAAAGGCAUGUGCGACGCACACAAUGCCUCUUUCCAUCCGGAAUACGGCAGGUUCAUGAUCGAAGCCACGCCGGCCGAACCGUACCGCGGAUUUGUAAAUCAAUACGUCGAGGAAAACAUGGCACAAAGAAGAGCGUUGGCCGAAGGCAAGCUUCGGGAGCGAGGCGCGGAUCUUUUGUCGCUCGCAGUGUUUCCACGAAUGGGGUGCCCAGGCUUUACGGACGUCCCGCAAGUGUGGAGCUCUCACAACGCUGCGUCACGCUCGUUAUACUUGCCGGACCAAGUGAUCAACCGUCAUGCUCGGUUUCCGACAUUGACAGCAAACAUUCGCACUAGACGAGGUGAGAAGGUGUGCAUCAACGUUCCCAUGUACCAAGACGAGAAGACCCCAAAAGGUGAUGACACGGUCGUUGAGCGUGACUGGUUCACACCCGAAGAUCAGGAGGCUGUGCUGGCGUCAAAACCAGGACACAUAUACAUGGAUGGUAUGGGGUUCGGCAUGGGCUCUAGCUGUUUGCAACUUACAUUUCAAGCUCCCAACGUCGACAAGGCGAGAUAUUUGUACGAUUCUCUGGUCAAUUUCGCACCCGUGCUUCUUGCUGCCACUGCUGCCUCACCAGCCUUCAAAGGCUGGCUGGCAGACCAAGAUGUUCGUUGGGACGUCAUCUCUGCCUCAGUAGACGAUCGCACUCCUUACGAACGCAGUGAGGAGCCACUCUUGCCUAAGUAUAACAACGGGCAUGGCUAUACUUCGAAAGCCCAUCCGCAAAGAAUUCCAAAGUCCAGAUACAGUGCGGUGGAUUUGUAUUUGGGAGGCAAUCCUUUCUUUGAUCGCAAAUAUAACGAUACAAACGUUCCUCUCAACGAAAGCGCAUUGGAAAAACUACAGACCAAUCAUUUAUUUCCUAUGGAUUACGAUUUGGCGCGCCAUUUCUCUCACUUGUUUAUAAGAGAUCCGUUAGUGGUAUUCCAAGAGCGCGUAGAUCAAGACAAUCAGAACUCCACAGAUCAUUUUGAAAACAUUCAAAGCACUAAUUGGCAAACUCUUCGAUUCAAACCUCCCACUCAGGCUGCGAUUCCCGGAAACAACAGCACCCCUGGGUGGCGUGUAGAGUUUAGGCCAAUGGAGAUUCAUGUCACCGAUUUUGAAAACGCUGCCUAUUCUAACUUUUUAUUUUUGAUCGUGGAAUGCUUGCUUAAGUUCAGCAACGAAAUCAAUGCUUACUUGCCAAUGUCACAGGUUUGGCAGAAUAUGCAAACGGCUCACCGCCGUGAUGCCGUUGUACUCGAAAAGUUUCACUGGAAGAAGUCUUUCACCAAUGAGGCCACGGGUGAAUAUUCAUUUGCAGAGAUCUUUCAAAACUCUGGCUUCGGUAUUUUCCCACAAUUCAUAGAUCGCAUCCUGAAGCACAAGAACAUUGUGGCGUCAUCGUGGACUGACCUCCAAAACUCGUCUGAUGCUGGUCAAAAAAGACUGUACUACUACUUAAAGCUGGUUUUUGAUAGAGCCACGGGCGUCUUGCCAACGACUGCCAACUUUUUGCGUGAAUACAUUACUCAUCAUCCAAGCUAUCAGAAGGAUUCUAGGCUUUCCUCUGAAAUCAACUACGACUUGCUGAAGAUGAUGUCAAGAAUUACACAUCUAGACGAUUCCAAAGGCGAAUUAUCGAAAUUCCUCGGGAAGGAAAUCGCCGAUUUUUUGGCAAACAGAAUAUAG